AUGGCCAAGCCUAAGGUAUUCUUCGACGUGACCGCAGAUGGGAACCCUUUGGGCAGAAUUGUGAUGGAGCUCCGCGCAGAUGUGGUGCCAAAAACUGCAGAAAACUUCCGCGCGCUCUGCACCGGGGACAAAGGCUUUGGAUUCAAAGGCUCCGGCUUCCACCGAGUAAUCCCUGGUUUCAUGUGCCAGGGCGGCGACUUCACCAACCACAAUGGAACUGGUGGGAAAUCCAUCUACGGCGAGAAGUUUAAAGACGAGAACUUCACCCUGAAGCACACCGGCAAAGGCAUCCUGUCUAUGGCCAACGCGGGGCCCAACACCAAUGGUUCGCAGUUUUUCUUGUGCACCGCCAAAACUGCGUGGUUGGACGGAAAGCACGUGGUCUUCGGUUCAGUGGUGGAAGGCUAUGAAGUGGUCGAGAAGGUCGAGGGCUACGGCAGCCAGAGCGGAAAAACCAGGGCGAAGAUCGUGAUCGCCGACUGCGGUCAGCUCUGA